AUGGAGGGCAUUAUGGUCUACUGUAGCAAGUGCAAGGAGUAUGCACAGCAUUUAUAUUGCCUUGAACUGUCAAUAGAUGAGUUUCUUAGUCGUGGACGAAUUUGGUACUGUGAAGAAUGCCAAGGAUUGAAGCCAGCUACCACUUUUUACACUCAUGAUCUUGAUGAUUCUGAAUCUAUGGAGACCGGAGAAGUGCUGCAAAGCACUCCUCCUUCUGCCGGGACAAGUAGUACUACUCCUGAUGGUACCAACAAGUACUUGAAGGUCAACAAGACCAUGAAGCUGAAGAAGAAGAAUAAAUCUAGUCAAUAUGCAUCAGCAGAUGCAAGGGUGUUAGAGACGAUACUUGAAGGUAAUGAUGAGGCUAAGGAUGAGGGUGAGGGCAGCAAAAUCAAUUGUGAUGAUGGACAGGUGGCUGUUAAUGAUCAAGAAAAGCUUGUUCUUGAAAAAGAUCAAUUUGAUGCUUCCGAUGACACAUUGGAUAUGGAUGAAGAUGGUCAUUCUACUCAUGUUGUUGCGCAACCAGUUGCUGUUCCAACUUGGAAGGGAAGCCUUAUGAUAUUGAACAAUAUUGACAACCAGACAUUGAAAUUUGAAACUGUUAGUGGACUUGCUGCUCAUCUCUCAAGCAUAGCCUGCGAUAAAGUGUUGGAGGAGUCAAAAUUUCUAAACACACAGCUUGUCCUAGAUUUGGUUCAUAGGACUGAUGUCUGGCCAAAAGGUUACGACAUGUAUGAACCUAGUGAUGGAAGUAUUGCCCUUUAUUUUCUCCCUGACAGUGAAACAAAUGAGAAGACUUUCAACAACUUGAUGGUUCGCAUGAUGCAGGAGGAUCUCGCCAUGAAAGUUGAUGUCGAAAAGGCUGAGCUUUUGGUUUUCACUUCAAGCAUGUUACCCGAGAAGUAUCAAAGAGUUGAUUCGAAGAUGUAUCUAUGGGGAGUCUUCAAGGAAAAGUUCUAA